UCUCAUUUUUUCUGUUAUGAUGAAAUAAAUUUUGUUGGUUUUUUAAUCAAAUGAAAAAAAAAUGUCCGAUUCCAAAGAAGUUUUUGUGAAAACCGAAAAUAUCAAAGAAAAAUUGGAACGUGAAAAAAUUCGUGAACGUUUAGAAACACAACGUGAAAAACGAAGAUUAUUGGAAAAAUUUCGUAAAGCCAAAACCAUUGAUGAUGAUGAAAAUAAAAGCGACAAUGAAGAAGAUGCAGCUGAAUGGUAUCAACGCACUAAACAUCAACAUCAGAAACGAAUAUCGAAACAGGUAACGACCGAUGAUAAUAAUGAUGGUGAACCAUCAUCAAGUAAACGAUCAAAAAUAAUUGAUAAACAUCAUCGUUAUACAUCAUCCGAUCUAAAAGGUUUAGCCAUUGGCCAUAAAGCUGAUUCUAUACAAGAAGGAAAACAAAUUGUUCUAACAUUACGAGAUAAAGAUGUCUUGGAUGAACAGGAAGAUGUAUUGGAAAAUGUAAAUAUUGUUGAUGAUGAACGUGCAGCGAAAAAUGUCGAUAAUAGAAAAAAACGACCAGAAUACCGGCCAUAUGAUGAUGAUGAAUUUGACAUGCAACAAGAACAAUUUCUGGCUAGUAAAAAACAAUCAUUACUUGGAAAAUAUGAUGAAGAAAUUGAUGGACCAAAAAAUGAAAUGUUUCGUAUUGGAUCCACAAUAAAUACUCGAAAUAAUCAACUUGGUUCAUUCAAAAUGGAUGCCGAUACUUCUACGACAACAACAACGACAACGGGUAGUAAUGGAAAAAUUUCAUUAAAUUGGAAUGAUCUUAAAAUUGCAAAUGAAUAUUAUACAGCCGAAGAAAUGGCUGUAAAAUUUAAGAAACCAUCAAAGAAAAAAGCAGCAAAAAAUCUACGACAAAAACAACAACCAUUAACAACGAAUCAUCAUCAAAUGCCUGAUGUUGAAAUUGAACCACCACGUUCGAAAAGAUCACGUCGAACCAAUGUGAAUGAUUCGAUAAAUGAAAAGAAAAAAAUUGCAUUAAAUAUCGAUAGUAUCGCCGAUAAUAAUGAUGAUGAUCUUAUUGGACCGGAUGAAGAUCUUUCCGGUAUUGUUAUCGAUGAUGAAGCGGAAAAUGAAUUACAAUCAGUAUUGCAAAAAGCACGAAAAAUUAAAUUGAAAGAAACAAUAUCUGAUCCAGCAUUGGCUGUUGUAAAAUUGGUGGAAAUGGUUAAACGUGAAAUAAAACCAGAAGAAGAUGAUAAUACGAAUCACUCAUCAAUGGAUAAUGAUUAUGAUGGUAAUGAUAAAAUCAUUUUAAAUGCAACAGCUGAAUUUUGUCGAAAUCUUGGUGAAUAUUCUGGAACACAAAUGGAAAUGUACAAUCGUCGUACAAUGAUCGAUGAUGAUGAUGAUGAUGAUCACGAUAAUGACGAUAAUGAUGGUGGUGAUGAAAAACCUGCCACUAUAGUACAGGAAAAAACUGUCAUCAAUAAUGAUGAAAAUUCAAAUGAUGAAGAUGAUGAUGAUUUUAAAUUUCCAAAUAAUUGGAAUGAAGUUGAUAUGAAAACCGAAGAUAAUGGUGGUAAUACAUCCGAUGAUGAUGAUAAUGAUGAUAAACCAUACGAUGCUGAUGAUGGUGAUAAAAAUUCAAAAAUUCAUCAGCCAAUUUUAGAAGAAGAACCAGAUGUUAGUAAAGGUAUUGCCGGUGCCUUGAAAUUGGCAAUGACCAAAGGUUAUCUGGACAAAGAAACAUCAAAAUCAUUUGGAGCAACCCGAGCCACAUCAAUCAUACAAGCACAAUCAUAUACGAUUGAAGAAAAAUUCUAUGAUGAUGAUCGACUUGGACGUCGUGAUCGAUAUUCUGGUGCUAUGCAAGAAUUUCGUGAAAAAGAUGGUUAUAAUCCAGAUUUUAAACUAGAUUAUGUGGAUGAAAAAGGUCGAAUGAUGAAUCAAAAAGAAGCGUUCCGUUAUCUUUCGCAUAAAUUUCAUGGUAAAGGACCAGGAAAGAAUAAAAUUGAUAAACGAAUGAAAAAAAUGGAACAAGAAAGUAAAUUACGUCAAAUGAGCUCAACAGAUACACCAUUGAAUACGGUAAAAUUACUACAAGAUAAACAAAAAGAAUUACAAAACCAUAUAUUGUUCUUACUGGUGGUGGUCAACAACAACAACAACAUAAAUCAUCUACAUCCACAUCAUCAUCGACACAAAUAUCAAAAAUGAUAAUU